AUGGAUCGUCUAUCAUUGUUUUCCAUUGUUUUCUUACUCCUAUCCUUUGGAUUCGCUAUUCAAACUUCAUAUGCUGGGGGUGAAGGAUCUCUUAGAGCUGAAGAAUGUCCUGCUGCAUGUCAAGUUCGGUGUUCGGAGACUUCACAUAAGAAGCCAUGCUUAUUUUACUGCAACAAAUGCUGCGCAAAGUGUCUGUGUGUUCCCUCAGGUACCUAUGGACACAAGGAAGAAUGUCCAUGCUACAACAACUGGAAGACCAAAGAAGGAGGUCCCAAGUGCCCAUGA